CGGCGUCUGCUAGUGGUCGGGAGCGUGUGGUCUUGACGUUGCCGUGUUAUCGAGUGUAUCAGUGAUGUUUUUGUAUUUUUGAACUUUUAUCAAAAGACAUGUUGGUGUUCGCUAUCGCCUUGGUAUUUUUUGGGCCAGUGUGGGGCCAAGGGGACACGUUCUUUUUCACGCGGAACCCCGAGGACGUGACGGGGAUAGCGGGUCGUCCUGCCAGGAUGAACUGUGAGGCCAGCGUCCCCACGGGGCUGGUCUACUCCUGGCAGCAGGACGGCUCCCAGGUCCCCAACACCACGCGGAAACUCCAGGUGGGGUCCUCCCUCGUGUUCCGGAGAGUUGAUCCUCAUCACGACGCCGGGCUCUACUCCUGCGUCGCCGCCAACCUCUCCUCGGGGUUCUCGCUGGCCAGCCGCACCGCUACCAUGGAUGUUCACUGGCUGUCGGAGACUGCGGAGGUAGUGCUGCAGAGUCCACAGACCAUUGCCGAGGUCAAGGAGGGUGACAAUGUGACACUUAAGUGUCAUGUUGAAGGCAGCGAGGAUAUCCGAGUCGAAUGGUUCAGAAAUGACGAGAGAGUGAGCAAGUCAGAACGUGCGCUGCCGCGAGGGAAGCGACUUCACCUGAAAGGUGUGACUCCUGGGGAGAACGGAGUGUAUCGUUGCACCGCGUCAAAUGAGGCCGGCUCCGUAGACAGCUCAUCCACCAUUUCUCUCAACAUACCAGGAGAUCAAUGGGCCUGGAUGCAGGUGGCUCCCAAGGACGCUCUUGCCAAGAAGGGAGGAAUCGCCCGUUUCGACUGUGUCUACCAGAGUGCAGAUGUGCUUGAGUGGUACUUUAAGGAAACGGGGCCAUUGGAGAACAGUAGCAGGAUCGGUAUCCUGCCAAAUGGUUCACUGCUGAUACACAAAGUGCGGCUGACAGACGAGGGUUGGUACUCCUGUGUCGGGAUCCGUGGUGAGUCCACAGCGGUGCCGCAGAAAUACACAGCCAAGCUCACGGUUGCAUACCUGGGAGAGGUGGGAGAAGACUCACUAGAGCCGCCAGGCGAUGGCCAGAGGGUGGUGGCAGAAGGAAGUGAGUUGCAAGUGACCUGCGUGCCACCCCACAGUGUGCCGAGAGCCACAGUACGCUGGCUCGCCCCCACAGGACCCCUCACCACAGACACGCUUACCAUCCCUGCCGCAGGACAGCAGGACGCAGGCAACUACACCUGCAUCGUCUCCAACAUGGCUGACACCAGGCACGUGUCCUUCGACCUCAUCGUUGCCACACCUCCCACAAUCAUCAAAGGACCGACGAAGGUGGCUGUGGGGGAGGGGGAACCAGCUUGGCUCCACUGUCAGUUCUCCGGCAUGCCUCCACCUCUCACCUCCGUGUCGUGGCUACGUGACAAGACGCCAGUACGCAUAGACCUGCAUACACACAUUGCACACAACGGUACACUCCACCUACACGCCACUGAUGUCAGUGACCGCGGAGAGUACGUAUGUGUCGUCAACACAACGUCUAUACCCCCAGUGUACUCCAAGCCUGCCACCCUCUUUGUCAAAGAAAAAUUAAAAUUCUCACCACGCCCAGUUGACAAGAAGCUUGAACUCGGGUCUGCGAAGAAAGUCUACUGUAAGGCUCAGGGUGCUGAUCCUCCCGUCAUCAAGUGGAUGAAGGAGGGAACAGACAUUCCACAUAUGGAUUUCCCAGACCACAUACAAGACAUGAAUGGCACUUUGUUCUUCAACCAUGUACAAGCUGAAGACAAAGGGCGAUACACUUGCAUCGCUACUAACUCGCAGGGACUGAUUAAUGCAACCAUUGAUAUAGAUGUUGUGGUGACUCCAAAGUUUAUAGUUCUUCCCCAAAAUCCAACAGAUGGCUUCGAGGGAUACCCAGUUAUUAUGGACUGCAUUGCUGAGGGAGACCCGAAACCCACAAUCCAGUGGGAUAAGAACACUGUAAUGAAUGAUUUUGACCAGAGAAGGUUCCAUGUUUUGGAGAACGGUUCUCUGCUGAUUGACGAAGUACAUUUCUCAGACGAGGGCAAGUAUGGGUGUACGGCUGGCAACAGUGGUGGGCUGAAGCGCUAUGAAGUUUCUCUCAACGUUCGCAACAUGGAUGGAUACCGGCCUGAUGGCACCAUAGAGGGAUUGGAGGGAGACGGUUCAAUGAUGACGAAGACGGUGAGCAUCACACUGAGUGCUGCAGCAGCGUACAUGUUGUUGGUCAUCGGACUGAUGGCCUGGUGCCGCUACCGUCGCCGCAAGCGCAAGCAGGCCUACCUUGAUGCCAAUCCAGCUUCACCACUCACGGACAUGGCCAAAGCAGAAGCAGGAAAUAGUGCUGAGAUGAAAGCGAAGGCUCGCAACGGUGACGUCAACACACCGCGCAGUGACGGGGAGAACACGGCUCAGUCCGCCGGGUCCAAUCAGUCCAAGCGAUCAAGGAACAAUUACGAUAAGCUGAGCUUUCCUCGCCAGAACAUCCAUAACAUGAUGCUUCUAGGAAACGGAGAGUUUGGAGAAGUGUACCUUGCUCAAGCCAAGAGCGUGCCAGGGACCAAGGAGGGUAGUGACACAGUCGUGAUGGUGAAAGCCCUGCAGCAGACGAGGGAUGAAGCGUCCCUCCAGGAGUUUAAGCGACAACUUGACAUGUUCGCUCGGCUCGACCAUUGCAACGUCACCAAGCUUCUUGGACUGUGCAAUGAUGUGGAACCACACUACAUGGUGCUGCAGUACACCGAUUGGGGAGACUUGAAGCAGUUCUUGGUGGCGACGAGGAAGGAGGGGACAGCGGCUAAACCUCGCCCAACUCCACUGACUGUACCGCAGAGUCUGGCACUGGUCCACCAGCUGGCACUGGCUCUGGAGCACAUAGCAAACCACCGCCUGGUACACAAGGACGUGGCGGCUCGCAACUGUCUCAUCUCCUCCGACCUCACCCUCAAACUUUCCUUGUCUGCCCUGUGCAAGGACACCUACAGCAAGGAGUACUAUAGGCAUCGCAACCAGCUGAUCCCGCUGCGGUGGAUGCCGCUCGAAGCCGUGGCCGAGGAUGACUUCUCGUGCAAGUCCGAUAUCUACGCCUUUGCUGUGACCGUGUGGGAGAUCUUCAGUCGUGGGGAGCUGCCAUUCGGCAAGAUGUCGGACCGGGAAGUGAUGGCAGCACUGGAGGGGGGCGAGCUGCGCUGGAAACCUCACAAGAACAUGCCGGAGGGCCUGCGCAUACUGCUCUCCAAGUGCUGGGAGCCGAGUCCACGGGACCGGCCAACGUUCUCUCAGGUCGCAGUCACGGUCAACGAUCCUGCUCUAGUCAGCAGCUAAGCUUGCUAUCCAUCUAGCUGCAUUCUUCGAGAACAAAUUGUAUGGAAAAUACAUAAAAAACACCACCAGAUCAAAAUAAGUUUUUAGGCGCUUUUUGAAGCUAAAAUGCCGAAAUUAAUAAUAUAGUGGUUAAGUUAAUUUCUCAACUUUUACACAACUGUAUAACAGAUAUUUGAAACUAGACCUCUUUCAAAAGAGGAAUUAUGCAGUAUUUUCAAAUAAAAAAAUAUCUAAAUGUAACUCACAGAACCUUUGCUAUGCAUUUUAAUUAUUUAGAUGUUUAAAAAAUAAUGUCACAUCUGAAAUCUGCACAGAAAUUAGUAAUAUUUCCAUAUUUUGAUAUUUGUAUACAUAUAUAAAAAUGCUAAUGAGGGCAUUAUAAUAUAAUUUUAUAUCCAUUAUUUCAAUUUACAGUGUUUCCACUUUUACACUUUUUACGGACUGCUCUUUCUGCAGUUCUUUACGUAACAAAAACGUCAUCACUGCCUCUGGAGGUAAUCGAGCACUGUAUAUUUAUGCAGCAUAAACUGCACUAUCUCAUAAUAAUUUUAUUAGAUGUUGCAGUCGUAAGUGUAAUCUUAAGUAUUCCUAGUUAAUUUUGUAAUUAACUUUUACUUUUAGUGUAUAUUUCUAUUAUGUUUACAACGAUCCUUUAGUUUCUUCGUUGACACUGGUUUUGUGACAUAAUUUAUAAACAAGGGACAUUAUUCUGUGUUUAGCCAAAAUGUCAGUUAAAAUUAUUUUAUCUGAAGGAAAGACAUCUUAGUGAGCUGCAAUGCAAUAUAAUCUUCGUUAUUGCAUUAAUCUACUUUCCUGUAAAUCUACAGUUUUUUAAUAAAUAAAUAAAUAAAUACCUCCAUCGUUUGUAAUAAGAAAGAGUAUAGAACAGUGAGAUGUUUAAUGUUUAAUCAAGGAUAGUACUGUAAGAAACUGUUCAUUGAUUUUAAGUAUUGUUGUUUUUUACAGACAUACACAUUUUGUAUAUAGCCUUAUGAAAUAAAAGUACCAAAUGCAUUUAUAUUGUACAUUUUUAAGUAAGAUUAACUUUAGCAUUAGUUUUGAGAUUAGUAUAAAAUGGCCCAUAGCGUAAUUAAGAGAAAAUGUCUUAUGGUAAACUUGUAGGAAGCAAUAUUUCAUUUUAAGAUUUUCAUUUAAUUAAAGAAUACAUCACUGCCUCCCUCUAGUAAGAAAAUGCAAUUGAACAUAAUCAGACUUAAUUUUGGAAAUUCCAUUACAAUAUUUUAUUUGAAUUAAAAGUUUUAUGAAUUUAUAAUCUAAUUCUGGUAAACAACACAAAAUAAUAAUAGAGCAUUUAAACUAUUUUAAACAAACAUAUUUUUACUUGAUGUUAGUUAUUAUUACUGUUUAAUUAACUCAGUUUGUCUGAAAUGUAUAAGUAAAUAAAUGAAUAAAAAUAAUGGAAUACUAAAUAUUAUUAUUGAAAGUUGUUCUGUUUACUACAGUUGAUAAUUCGCAAUAACGAAUUAAACUUGUUUUAAAUUUUAAAAUAUCACUUUUGGAAAUACACACCCAAAAUUUAAAAAAUUUGAACCUUAGGAAAAAUUCCUAUUACAAUAAAUAAAAAACCGUGGAGUCAACUUCUCCACCAAUUUUUUUUAUCCCUUCCCUCUUUUCAAUACAAGUCUAAUGCUGUUAUAAAAAUUAUGUUUUGUUUUGUAGAUGACAAAAGUGGGAAUAAUAUUUAAUAAUAGUGAAAAAUAUAAUUGAUAUUUUAAAAUAUUCUGGAGUUUGAAGUGAUCAGAGAAAGAUGGAUCGUUAUUUGGCUGCAAAUUUGCAACAGAAUUGUUAUAUUUAAAAAAUAAAUUAAACACCGUUGAUAGCAUUGAAUUAUAUUAUAGUACGUAUUACAUGUAAAUAUAGGACAUAGAGUUUUAUAAGGUUAAUAUUUAUUAUUGUGUACUUACUUUUAUAUCUGCAGUUGUAACGGUAUUGUUUCUGUACAGUUUUAUACUCUGAUAGCCAAGUUGUAGUUUCUUGUUAGUGUUAGGUAGUCAGUCAGAUGUGUGACCGUCUGUGAUCAAUGUGGCUCCCUUUCUCUCUAAUUGUGUAUUAUAUAGUUCUAUUAUGUUCUAGUCAAUAUAAAAAUAUAUUUUCAUAAACAAUAAUUGUCUCUGUUUACUAUGACAGUUUAAAAAAAUUCAGUAGUUUCGUUUUGCCCCAAUAAGAUUCUUUGCAAGUUUAGUUAAUGGCUACAGGUUUUAGGGCCUAGUUGCAAACAAGUUUGGUUUUUAAAUUGAAUAAGCCAUCAAUGGUCUUACAAUGCUUGUUUCAUAAAUUGGAUUAAUACCAACAUAAAAUGUGGUUGCAAUAUAUUUUUAUAGACAUUUUAAAAUUUUAUUAUUUUUAGAUUCUGAAUGUUAUUGUGAAUAAAAAAGUGAAAAUAUCAGAAGGAAAUCGCCUCAAUGUUUUCCAUGUUUAUUAUUUUAUCUGUCUCCGCCUUUGUUUGACAUUUAUUUUUGGUUUUACAUCAUUAUAAGUGAAACUGAAUAAUAUCAAAAAUUAUUGAUCAAAGGAUCAGUUCACUUUAAUACAAUUAAAACUACUUUUUUUUUCAUUCUGCAGAACAUUUCCAAGACAAAAUGAAAACAUAUGGUUAUAAAAAUCACUAAACAUUCCCAACUUGCUCAUGGAUCUCAAAGACCUAUUAACCCUAGAUCUGUGUUAACAACAACUGUGGAUAGGUUUGUAUCCCGGAUCUGUUUGCAUCAUAAUGAUGUACGUUGAUGAAGAUUUUUCAAAUAACAUCAAUUUACUAAAAGGAAACUUCUUUGAUACUAAUUGGAAGGAGAGGUUAUAUAAGAUACCAUAUUGAGAGUUAAUCAUCUUGAUGACCUAGAACAAUCAAAAGAGAGGAAUAUAUUUUCUUGUGUCUGACAAGAAUAAAUUUUAUUGAAAAAAGGUUAGUUAAGUGAUACAUGAUCAAUUCAUAAAUGACAAAGGCUGGUUGUCAUUUGAUCAACUUGAAAUAACAAAAGAGUAGUUGAAUCUUGAAGUUUACAGAUUUAUAAGCUUCCAGGUUUUUUGUCCUCACAAUAAGUCUCCCUGAAAUAAAUGCAUAUAUUUAUCUCUUAAUAUUUUUUAUUUUUGCCAAUAAUAACAAAUAGUGCAUGUUUAAUAUCCAAAGUUAUUGAUCUAGCUCAGAAAAAUCCUAAACAAUUAAACAUAAUAAUACUAUAAUGUUAACUUAUUGAACAUGAUAAGUUAACGAGGACUAGUGCCUCUUAAUGCUAGGACCAAUUUUCCUUUUGAAAUAAAAAAAAUUUUAAUUGAAAUUGAAAUGAAUUGAAAUUUUAUUAACAUAUAACAUUGUUGUAUGAAACGCAAGAGUUAAAUGUUAAGGAUCUAAUAAGUUUUGAUCUUUGCUGUAUGUUUUUUUGACUGUUUGUAUAUGUUGUAUGUGUCCUGUUAGCUUAUGCUACACGGUAAUGAGAUAUAACUAUAAAAAAUAUAAACAAAAGUAAGACUUUUUGACGUAGUUUUCAAAUAUUUAAAUACAUACAAUAUUACAACUGAAACUUUUAUUUGAUUGCUUGAGAAAAAAUGAAUUUAUUAUUACCUCAAGCUGACUAAUUUCCGUUAUCAUUUUUAGUUUUCUUCCAUAAAAAUAAUUCUAUUUAAAUGUGAGGGCAAAUUUAUCGACUUACUUCGUUUUACACAUCCUUGCAACUGUCUGCAUUAUUAACAGGUUUCAUAAAAUAAUUUACGAAGAAAGCACCAUCUACAUCUGUACAGAAAUUGUAUUGUUUUAUUUUUUUUAACUUAUUGAACUUUUUUAUCUUGAAUUUUUACCAAAACACUUAGAUUUGCAAAGUGUUUUUGUGUAAAAUUAUGAAACAAAUUGAAUUAAUUUCAUAUAAAAAAUAAUUUUUUCUUAACACUUAUUAUUUCACAAAAUUUAGUAGCAAGGGUGACAGAGACACCUCUUAAGAAGAAAACUGAUGUGUAACAACAUGCAUUUAGAGUAGGCCUUACAUUUUUGGCAAUUAAAAAAAGCUUGCAAGGUGAAGAAAAUGGAGCGACCAUUUUGAGUGUGUCACUGUGACAUUGGACAGAUCUAGGGUUAAACUAUUUGUAACAAUAAAUCGUAAAGUAAAAUAAUGUAAAUUAAUUUUUUGCCUGCAUUAUUAUUUAUAGUAAUCUACUAUUACUUUUAGGUUAAUUAAGUUGUGAUAAUAUGACAUUAUACUUUAGAGUUCUUUUUUCCACUUUUGUACUCAUUUUGUACAUUAUAUAAAGUAAAAUAUACAUGAUUGUUUGAAUCGAA